AUGACUGCAGACGCAAUUGCUUCGACGUCAGCCGCCGGUGUUGCCAACGCCCCGGGCGCACGAAAGCGCACGCGAAAGCGAACGAGAAAGAGCAAAUCCAAUAGCGCACAUGAUAGCCACAUGGACGCGGGCGACUCUUCCGACGACCAACAGACCGUUGCCGCUGCUGUGGAGGUCCCGCUAUCAGCUACUACCGUAGCAACGACAUCAGCCACUGCUCAACCUGCGCUUCGUGCCACGAAACCAUCAGUCAGCUCAACCACACCGCGCACGUCGUCAAUCUCCAAGUCAACAGGCUUGACACAACUGAAUCCACACAAGCCAUCGUUCAUCACGCGUGCCACCACGACAGGAGGCCGCAAAUUCACCAUCUCGGUCGCGAUUCCAGGCUCGAUUGUGCUCAACGCGCAGUCACCCGAACUUCAAUCUCGGCUUGCAGCGCACAUUGCGCGAACAUGUGCCAUCUUCAACGUCGACGAGAUUGUGGUUUUCGACGAAGGCCAAGUACGAACCGAGGCAGGUGCUGAUCUGUAUCAGCAUAAGCAUAACCAGCAGAAUCGUGGGACAAAGCGCCGCUUCAAUCAACCGCAGGGCAAUCCGAACGCGGACGAGCAAGAAGAAUCGACCGAACAACGAGACGCACGAGCUGAAGCAGAGGGGGCAAGAGGUUUCGACCCGCAUACGUUUCUUGCUCGUGUCUUGCAGUAUUUAGAAACGCCGCAGUACUUGCGAAAGGCUCUAUUUCCGAUGCAUCGCGAUCUUAGACUGGCUGGACUGAUGCCUCCCUUGGACUGUCCGCACCACUUGCGUUUCGAAGAUCAGAGCGAGUACCGCGAAGGUGUUACCGUGGACCCACCCCACUGGGCGCGACGGGGCGGACAGAACAGCGUCUACGUCAAUGUAGGUCUAAGGGAUGUGAUCGAGGCCAAGUUGCCGGAAGGUGCACGCGUGGAAGCAGGGACGAGGGUGACGGUGAGCAUGCCAAUGGACGCCUACGGUGCAGGAGAGAUUGUAAGCCCGCGCGAACCAGUCGAACAGCUGGGCUGGUAUUGGGGCUACAGUGUUCGACUAGCAAACAGCUUAUCAGCCGUCCUCACUGGAUGUCCGUUUGCAGGUGGAGGUUACGAUCUGGUCAUAGGAACCUCGGAACGCGGUGUCUCGCUCACAGACCUCACUCUGGCCACAAGCAACAACACGCCCGUAGCUCUCGCCUCGGGAGAAACGGUGCAGCCCAUGUCGGAACAGUUCAACCACGCUCUACUGGUGUUUGGUGGACUGAGCGGUCUGGAGGUGGCUGUGGAGCAGGAUGCAGCCAUCAAGUUGGACCGUCAUACAGCAAAGGAUCUGUUCGACGCCUGGAUCAAUGUCGUAGAGAAUCAGGGGUCCAGAACGGUCCGAACGGAAGAGGCCAUCAUGAUUGCGCUGGCUAGGGUGACACCGUUGUUGCACGAGGUGGCGGAGAGGACGCGCAAGUAA